AAGGGGCCAAGGGAUGAGCUGGGGCCGUCUUUCUCAAUGGCAUCUCCCCCUGGUCUAGAACUGAAGAUACUGAGCAAUGGUCCCCAGGCCCCAAGGAGGCCGGAUCCUCUGGGCCCAGUGGCCCCACCCAGGGAGGGUGUGGCGAAUGCUUGCUUCUCCUCAGAGGAGCAGGAGACCCGUUUCCAAAACCCCAGGGACACCAGACUGGGCAACUCUCCCAGUCCCUUGGGGGGUGUCUCUUCACUACCCCAAUCUCAGCGGGAUGAUCUGUCCCUGCAUUCAGAGGAGGGGCCAGGCCUGGAGCCCGUAAGCCGCCCAGUGGAUUAUGGCUUUGUUUCUGCCCUGGUUUUCCUGGUGAGUGGGAUCCUCCUGGUGGUGACAGCGUAUGCCAUCCCCCGCGAGGCCCGAGUCAACCCGGACACAGUGACAGCGCGGGAGAUGGAACGACUUGAGAUGUACUAUGCUCACCUGGGCUCCCACCUGGACAAGUGUAUCAUCGCGGGCCUGGGGCUGCUCACGGUGGGCGGCAUGCUGUUGUCGGUGCUGCUUAUGGUCUCCCUGUGCAAAGGCGAGCUGUAUCGCCGGCGGACCUUCGUCCCUGGCAGGGGCUCCAGGAAGACCUACGGUUCCAUUAACCUGCGCAUGAGACAGCUCAAUGGGGAUGGGGGCCAGGCUCUGGUGGAGAACGAAGUUGUCCAGGUCUCAGAUACUAGCCACACCCUCCAGGGGUCUUAA